GCAGUUUGAAUGAAACGCAAGCGAUGUGGUCAGCAUGAAGAAACUAAUGUCCGUGGGCGUGGAAUAGAGUUUGGUUGGUGCAAGGAGUCUGGAUUACCAGGCAAAUGUCUGACAGUAGUACCUAAAACAGUCAGUAUAGUAUGAAGAUAAGCAGAAACUGCUUCUUCAAUAAAAAUACCCGAUCACGCUUGUAGGCGAUGUCAUGUUGUCUAGCUAAACUCAGAUACAUAUAAUGGAGUCUUUAACAGUCGUCUCGGGCCGAACUGCAUAUGUUGCAUAGUUGUUUUUGACUAAAAACAAAACAUGUUCAGCCACAUAAAGGUUUGGCUCGAAACUAGGCUGUGCCUUUAGAUUUCGAGAAAAUUAAAAACUAAGGAAAGAAUGUUUUGCUUAUCUCAUUGACUUCUCUAAUCCCAAACCUCGGCCUGGUAAUCGUGGAAUGCUUGCGAAGCAUUCCCGGAAGUCUUGUGAUGUUGCACGUCUGGGUUUAGAAACUCAAGUAGAACUGUUUACAGUAUUUAUUUAGUAGGCUAUACAUCAAAUAAUAUAAGUGCAAGGGUCUCUUUUGUCUACAAAUUGGCUAAGAAUUUAGACAUUUUGACAUUCCAAGUCUAAUGUUUGUGUAAACAUGCAAGGUUAUUGUAGGAUAGAAUAAAAUGUAUCUAGUCCCCAUAGGCUCAAUAUGCUAGUCAAUACUGAAUAAAUAUGUUUCAGUUUUUUCCCAUUAUGAAAAUGUAUUUAGAAAUAGAAAGGAUUGAUAUUAUAGCCAAAACAUGUAGAGCCUAUCUGGCAACAGUUAAAUGAUCAUGCUGUAGACCAAGAAGAGGCUUAUGAGCUUUGUUGGUCACUUGACUUCACAAACAAUGAGGUCUUUAUGAUCAAAGAGGGAAAUUGCCUCACUAAUGAAAAUGGGUGAAAUCCCAUAUUUCCAUAUUAUAUUCUACCGCUUAUUAUUAUUAUUAUUUUUGUACAUCAAAAUAAUGGACAGUCAACCUCAGUGGAGAGUGCAAUUUCUUAACUUGUUUCACAUCAGCUUGAGGUGAAUGUACUGCAUAGGCCUACUGGUAGCACAGAGUAAAAUAAUGUUGAUGUGUGCUGUCAAACGCCCUAGUGAUAAUUAUACAGCAUAGGCCUACUGGUAGCACAGAGUAAAAUAAUGUUGAUGUGUGCUGUCAAACGCCCUAGUGAUAAUUAUACAGCAUAGGCCUACUGGUAGCACAGAGUAAAAUAAUGUUGAUGUGUGCUGUCAAACGCCCUAGUGAUAAUUAUACAGCAUAGGCCUACUGGUAGCACAGAGUAAAAUAAUGUUGAUGUGUGCUGUCAAACGCCCUAGUGAUAAUUAUACAGCAUAGGCCUACUGGUAGCACAGAGUAAAAUAAUGUUGAUGUGUGCUGUCAAACGCCCUAGUGAUAAUUAUACAGCAUAGGCUACAAUGGAGUCACACAUUAGAAAUGCUGUGUGCCCUUGGCUGUUACCAGGCCAUAAAGAGCCUAGGUUUUUUAAUCCAUAAGUAGUUUGCAGUUGCCUAACUUUCAUUAAUGGUGCCUAUUGAAUGUUCUGGCUCAAUUAACCAAACAUGGAUAGUAAUGAAGAGUCUGCAGAAUUAAAGAAAAGGGUAGGCAUAACAGAUUUUCUUUAUUUAUUGAUAUAAUGACAAAUAAAAAAAAUAGCCUGUUUGAUGAUGAUAUCCACACAGAAUGGAUUAUCUGUAACCGGUGUGUGAGAGAGGAAUGCCUUUCACACAGUCAUAAUCAAUGGUUGCUGUGUAAAGAGUGCAGAAUUAACUUAGACUGUAAUUCGAUGUUAUGCUCAGACGAUGGGACACUGAUUAAAACAGCUGAUCAAUUGUAUUAUAAUCAGUAUAUUUACUGCGCAUCAACCACAUUCUCGAACGGCACUCUGCUUAAGGAUGAGUACGUUAGAGCAAACUUUGCACUUGUAAGAUAAAUGCAUUUUGCUUGACAGCAAAAUCUAUAGAUUAAACAAAGUACAGGACUCAAAAUGACUAAAAGAGAUACGGAAUAUCAACCUCUGCUUGAAGGUAUCACGGAAACAAAACAGAAAAUUAAGUGUCCUAACACAUCCCUUCUACUGGCAAUUUGUGCAGCUUGCAUCGGAGGAACCUUUCAAUAUGGUUAUAAUAUUUCGAUCAUCAAUUCCCCCACCAAGUCUGUGCAGAAUUUCAUCAACCAAACCUGGCUGGAGCGCUAUGAAGAGAACAUCUCAGAGCAAUACCUCACUCUACUGUGGUCCAGCAUCGUGUCCAUUUUCACAAUAGGUGGAUUUAUUGGCGCGACUAUUGGUGGAACACUGGCUAUUAAAUUUGGGAGAAAAGGGACACUGAUGAUGAACAAUGCAUUUGCCUUACUGGCUGCUCUGUUGAUGGGCCUGAGCUAUCCCACUGGAUUAUUUGAACUGCUCAUAAUUGGACGAUUUUUCACAGGAGUAAAUGCGGGCAUUGGCAUUUGCGUUCAGCCACUGUAUCUGGGGGAAAUCGCUCCAAGGGCACUUCGUGGCGCCAUGGCGAUGGGGACCUCUAUUUUCAUCACUGGGGGCAUCCUUACUGGACAGGUGAUUGGGCUUAAUGAGCUCCUGGGUAAAGAAGAGUACUGGCCCAUCCUACUCUCCACCACCUGUAUCCCAGCGUUCCUGCAGCUCCUCAUACUACCCUGGUUCCCAGAGAGCCCUCGCUACCUGCUAAUCGACAGAGGGGAUGACGUUGGAUGUGGAACCGCGAUGAAGCAACUCCACGGCACAGAUAACUUUGACCGCGAGCGGGAGGACAUGGAGAGGGAGAGGAUCAGUGCUAUGGGGAUCAAACCCAAAAAGCCCUGGGAGCUGUUCAUGGACCGCAGCCUCCGCUGGCAAGUUCUCACCAUCAUCCUGAUCAAUGCCGCCCAGCAGCUCAACGGCAUCAACGCUAUUUAUUUCUAUACAGAUUAUGUGUUUGAGGAGGCUGGAAUUCCAGAGGUUAAUAUACCCUACGUAACUGUGGGCACAGGAGCCUGUGAAUGCCUCACUGCCCUUACCUGUGGCAUGCUGAUCGAAUCUCUGGGACGAAAAGUGCUUAUCAUCGGAGGGUACACCCUUAUGGCUUUCUGGUGUAUUUGCUUCACUCUGACCCUCACCUUCCAAGGAGCAGGCCCAUGGAUACCUUAUCUUAGUAUGGGAUGUGUCUUUGCUUUCAUACUGAGCUUUGGCAUGGGACCAGGUGGUGUGACAAACAUCUUGAUCACAGAGUUAUUCACACAAACCACACGGCCUGCUGCGUACAUGAUCGGAGGGUCCGUGAACUGGCUCAGCUUCUUCUUCAUUGGCAUGGCGUUUCCAUUUAUUGUGACUAAGUUGCAACAGUAUUGUUUCCUGGUGUUCUUGGUUGUUUGUGUCUUGGUGGCUGUAUACAUAUUCCUGGUAGUCCCCGAGACGAAGAACAAAACCUUCCUGGAGAUCCAAACAGAGUUCCAGUCUGGAGAAAAGAGGAAGGCUUCCAAAGCUGACCACAGCCCAAGUACAACGUUGUUGUCAACCCCUCUGUGAAACACAGCUUCCAGUGUUUGCUGCAAAUGUGUACCACACUAGGAAUAUCUCGCUGUCAUAUGGAUUUUUUUUAAGUUCCAGAAUGUUCAUUCUUUAUCAGGGAUCGUGAUUUUGAAGAGUAGACAUUAUGAUAACUGGAACACAGGAAACAACAUAUACUGGUCAUUUGGUAUUAGCUGCUCAGGAUUAUAUUAUAAGAAUUUUACUGGAAAAUGAUUUGACAUUCGAUCUAUAUCUGUAAACAUCUGCCAAUUAACCUUUUGAAUUAAUAAAAUACAUUUUGAGAUGA